UAGCCUAUAUAUUUCAAGAACUUAUCCUCUUGGCUUACAAACCAAUCCUCUUGUCUUACAAACCAAGAACUUAUCCUCUUGGCUAUAAAUUUGUUGGCCAAUAGGUUUUUGUUCAAUUUUGGUCCAUGUAUAUGUUGAAUUUUAUAUUUCCUACUCUGUUUUGGCAAAUUAAGAUUGGCUUUGAAUGAUAUCUCUGUUUUCCUUUUUUUUUUUCAGAUUCACGUCCAAUGCAGUCGCACAGAUUGAACGAAAUGGAGUAUGAUGGUUAUGUGAAUGGUGGGAACUCAUCUGAUGACUCGGACGACGAGGAGCUCAUGUUGGCCUUCGCUGCCUUUAUUCUUGCUGGAUUGGCCUUAUUCGACCCGUACAUCAACUCGGGCCAGCGGCGAAGAAUUCGAGAUAGUGCACAGUCAGGUCCUCAAUAUGUUAUCGAGCUGAUAAACGGCCAUCGAGACAGAAUAUUCGACAACCUUCGAAUGGAAGCUCCCCUUUUCCUCCAAUUGUGUGACUUGUUGGUUCAGAGGGGCUAUUGGGUGCCCCACCCGACACAACGGGUGGGGAUUCAUGAGUCCGUUGCUAUAUGCCUGCUGUGUUUGAGCCAUAAUGAGCGACAUAGGGUGCUUGCCGAGAGAUUCCAACAUUCUCCCGAGACAACGGACCGCCAUCUACGACGCUGCCUUAGAUCUCUCGUUCGAUUGGGACGCGACCUGGUCCGACCGGUAGAUUAUCACACAACCCAUCCAAGAAUACAGAACAGUGCUUUGUUUUGGCCCUGGUUUAAGGAUUGCGUUGGAGCGAUUGACGGAACACAUGUUUCGGCCUGGUGUACAGCCGAAGACAGGGAACGUUACCGGAACCGGCAUGGUAGCUUAUCACAAAACGUUCUAGCCGUGUGUGAUCACAACAUGAGAUUUACUUAUGUCAGGGUAGGGUGGGAGGGUAGCGCACAUGAUUCUAGAAUCUUACAAGAAGUCAUACAAGAUCCUAAUUGUGCAUUUCCGUGGCCACCAGCAGGUUAGUCCAGAUUAAAUCACAUAAUUCCUUUCCGCAAUGCGUCUUCAAAGUUUAUAUAAAUAUAAUUUCAUUAUGCCAGGGAA